CCUGAGCGCACACUUUCAAUCGAUCGAUUGCGCAGAGCAUUCGUGCUGCGCUUGCUGUUUCCGCGGGUUCGCGUGAGUUUUUUUUUGUGUGCUGUUGUUGAUGUUGUUGCUCGGUUCUUCCCUGAAGGAGAAGUUGGUCCUAGGCGCGCUGCUGCUGCAUCUUCAUCACAAAACACACACCACCACCACUGCUGCUGGUGCUCUGUGCGUGUGCCGUGCGUGUGUUUGGUUUCGGUCGCGGUGUGUGUUGUGCUGUGCGUUUGGCAGUUGACAGGGCCGGACACGGCGGACAGUUCGAAUUGCGCCCUCCGUACGGACAAACGGAGCCACCGAAACGUGCAAACCCCAGGACAUACAAGCGUGGCAGUGCGUAGUGGUCGUACGAGCCGGGACUGCCUUGCUUCUAAGGAAGCGGUUUGUGGUGUGUAGUAUAGACGUUGCGUUGGGCGUACUGCCCGGAAUACUAGUUCGAGUUCGAGUUUACAGUGCGUAACUCUGUGUAUGUUUGUGCCAAAUUCUGAGAAAUUAAACGUGCUUACCCUUUGGCGAGGAUACUACGCAUUUGUAAGACGCAUUCCUGAAGUAGACUACGGAAAAGCCCACUAUUAGAACGCAAUCCAAGAAAGGCAAAACCAAACCACGUUAAAAGGAUAACCAAAAACCAAACCAAACUGGACAUAGAGAGGCAAAUUCGCUUCGUGAUAAUCUCUUGCUGAAGAUCUCGCUCUCUGUUAGCUGAGCUCACUUCUAAGUGAACCAAUCUACAGUGUGUUUGUGACCUGGAGAUCUACCGUAAAAGAGCGAAACCUCAACAUAGCGUGUGCAACUUGGCAGCCAUCAAGUUCCGUGUACCAUCCAAAACGUCAAGUGUGUUGCUUAGUGACGGUGCACGCGAUCUGGUGUGUUUCCCAAAAGUUUCCUUCGUUUCGUCGCCUACUGCCAGUUCCUUCACUUUGCUCCCACUCCUCCAUCUCUAAGCACAACACCACCUACGCCAUCGGCGCCCAGUUUCAAGCUGCAAUACCUUAAGCGUGAUACUUUAAUGUGCCUUCUCUUCGAAUUGCUCUCGUUCGAAAUCUACCAAGAGCAGCACGUAAACUAACCAGCCAACACCUUCUAGAUAUCGUCUGAAUCUGUGAACACGGGCGCAAGCAUUUGACGUUGAAUUAGGCGGGCUGACAAGUGUUGUUUUGUGUUUCGUGACUGAAUUCCCACAACCAAACUGAAUAAGGCGGAGUAGUGUUUGAAAAUACACACAAACACACCGAAUAAAGAAGCGAUUGCUGCAACGAUCAGUGAUUAAGGUGAGAUACUGUUUGAAACAACAGAAAAAACCCUUUUGUAAGCCAAAAAACAAAGCACUACAUAUUCCUCACCACCAUUCUCACGUGUUUACUGUAAGUGUGUACGUGUAUCUCUGUUUGUGUGUGUGUAUGUUGGUUGUAUACUUGUGUACGUGUGUAUGAAGCGUUGCCUGCUCCCAUCAGGCAAAAGUGUGUAGCACGUUGUGUAACCUUCAGGUGUUUCUAAGGACUAUUGCUUGUGGGAUUUGUUCCGUUCGUCGUGUAUUAUCGUAGUGUGUGUUUGUGUGUUUAGUGUGAAAGAAACUAUUAAAUUCAACGAAGAUCAGCGACGCACCCUUGGGCAGCCACUACGGAAGCCAGCAAAUCCUCUGCGACAUGAUUAUGACACUCACACCGUCCCUACAAUCACAGCUGGAGCGGCUCACUAGUCAUGGAGGCAUAGGGCUGUCGAGCGGAAGUCCUGCAUACUCGGCGCACACCGGCGGCCACACGGGGCGCAACGGCCCAGCGAGCGGACACAGCGGUAGCCACGGCGGUUCACACGGUCCCGGCCCGACCAUGCAUCACCAGACGCUGCAGUCCGACUUCCAGCCACCGUACUUCCCGCCACCGUUCCACCAUACCACCCAAAGCCCACCGCAGCAACAGAACCACGGUCUCGAUUAUUUAAGUACGGACCCGUACGGGCAGCCACUGUCCUCGCUACACCAUGCGCCCCUGCACCACUACAAUCAGCUGGCCGGGCUGAGACCGUCACAGGAGCAGCUCGGGCUACACCGAUCUCACCGUGAGUCCGAACUGCAGCAGCACGUGACGCAACUGUCGCACGGCUUCCCGUACUCGGACCGGCGCAGCGAUUACAGCGGCUCGAUCGGUUCCGGUGCCGGUGCAACCCGGCUCGGUGCCCACGAACACGAUCCGCUCGCACUGCACCAAGCGCUGCAGAGUGCCGUCGACGAUGGCCAGAAUCCGGUGAUAGACGAGAACGCGGGCUUUAUGAGUGAUCUGCCACUGCUGAAAAACUUCCCCAUCACCGACAUCAAAAAGGAUAGCAGCCAAAUCAAUCUCGGCUCGCCGAGCGACGUGUUCUGUUCCGUACCGGGGCGGCUCAGUCUGCUAUCGAGCACCUCCAAAUACAAAGUCACCGUCGCGGAAGUGCAGCGCCGACUAUCGCCACCCGAGUGUCUGAACGCGUCCCUGCUGGGCGGUGUCCUGAGACGAGCGAAGAGUAAAAACGGCGGACGAUUGCUGAGGGAAAAGUUGGAAAAGAUUGGCCUGAACCUGCCGGCCGGUCGGCGUAAGGCGGCGAACGUUACCCUGCUAACGUCGCUGGUGGAAGGGGAGGCCAUCCAUCUGGCGCGUGACUUUGGGUACGUGUGCGAGACCGAGUUCCCGGCCCGGCAGGUGGCAGAGUACCUAUCGCGCCAAUACUCGGAACCGCAGGAGUCGUACCGAAGGAAGGAGCUGCUACUCAACACCAAGCAGGUCACGAAGGAGCUGAUGGACCUGCUGAACCAGGAUCGAUCGCCGCUCUGCAAUACCAGACCCCAGCACAUACUCGAUCCCUCGAUACAGCGACAUCUGACGCACUUUUCGCUGAUCUCACACGGUUUCGGUUCGCCGGCCAUCGUUGCGGCACUGACAGCAAUUCAGAACUAUCUGAACGAAUCGAUCAAACAUCUCGACAAGAUGUACCCGGGCAACGGUGGCAGCAUGGUGACCUCCUCGCUAGACAAGAACAAAAUGGAGAGCGACAAGAAAUGACAGUUAUAAAAUUAUCUCUUCACUAAAAUUGAUCGCUUCUAGGGGAUUGCGAUCGUUUAGUGCUUCAUCGGUGGAUGGUGUGGGGAGUGAUUUUUAAAACAAUGAAUCAGGAUCAGGAUCAUGCAAAACGGUGUGCCAAGUGGAGGGAAUAAAAACGGUUAAAGAGAAUAUGAAAAGAAAAGCAAAAGAAAAGGGAGAAGAAAAGUCUUUUUUUCUUUCUUCGUUGUACAGUAUUCAAGAUUCGAGAAGUAUUAAACAUUAAUUAAAACAAAACAUCACAAAAAAACAACACAAAAAGCAAACGGCAAAACUCGAGUUGUCAUAAGAUUAGGCAAAAAAAGGGUUAAACAUAAGAUAAACAAAAAACGAGAGAAGAGAAGUGAAAAAAAUACAAUUGUGAUUACAGCAAAUGUAGAAACAAAACAAAACAAACAAAAACACCGAACGAGCGUUUCGGGUGAGCAACAGGCGAAAAGCGGGCUGUAUCACACAUGUAAAGAGGCGCUGCAGAGCGCACUGUAGGAUAAUGCGUUAAGUUAGCUAACUUUAAAGAUCAAACGGUCACUUCAGCGACAUUUGGUGUGUCGUGACCAAUGUCGAUUGGUAUUAUUUUUAGUUGUUUUGUUUUUUUUUCUUCUUCCUGUUCUGUUUAAUCAUACCAUACAAUUCUAUCCCCACCCCGGGCCCGGGAGUUCCUUGGUUCUAGGGUUAUUGCAUCCUGCUACGCGCAUAGGUAGUACGAGUGGUAUAAGCAGUAGUAGUAUAAGUACGAACGAGUAUUAUGAAUUACAGCGGAAAAUUAAAGGGGGGAUUUAGUGUUUCCCUUCUGUCACUCCAAUACUGUCACUUUGCUUUCCGUUUAUUAUCGUUAAUAGUGCUUGAUCUUCCUUGUGAUAAAGGUAUUAUUAUUUAAAUGUGUAUCUUUAAUAGCUCAAAGACAGUAGUAUUUCGGUUCGGAUGUGGCGCGCAAAACCCCAAAACCAGGAACGAAGCGUCACAAGUACACUUAACUCAGCCAAAAUGGAGGCACCGGAGGGAAACCACUUCUUUUCCGGCACAAAAGCGCAAGAUCAUGCAAGGACGCCCAUAAACUUUCUUUCUAGUUCUAUCAUCUUAGCUCCUUGACUCCUUGGCUCUGAUCGUUGAUGAAAUCCACGUGCCAAAAUUAACCACUUUCGGUUCCUACUACACGUUACUCUCUUCACCCUCGGUACGCUGGACACAGUUUCCACGACCUAGUUGAUCGCCACCAUACUGCGAGAGAGAGAGAGAGAGAUCACAUACAAAAUUCUUGUGCCAAAAUUCUCCCUAACUGCCGAUUCCUUUUCGAUGCAACAGACGUGUAUAAACAUCGGGAGAGACUUUAUUUUUUGGGACAUCAAAGCAGCAGGUCACGUGCCAUCGCUACCGAAGCGUUCCUUCGUGGGGCGGGGAGCAGCUUCCUACGACCGAGGAUCGCAAUACACUUGCCAUACGAGAACCUUUGGGUCCGACACACGCAACUACCACCGCCCAAGCAUGCCAAAACCCAGGGGUUUGCUGCCCACGCAUAUAUAAAUAUCUUCCAGAUUCUUUCCCUGCGCCUCCCCACAUUUCUUAGAAACGACUUAGAUAAAUAAUCAACCAAGAAAUCACACACACACAAACACACUCUCGCGCACACUUUGCAGGAAGAUGGCGGCGGUACCGGAAACUAGCCACCUUUGUAGUAGCUGUACAUUUUAACAAAGCGAACCGUCAUAUCACACAAAACGAAGGGUUAGGUUCGGAGUAUCCGUGUGUGCGCGCGCGUGUGUGUGUGUGUAUUUAAUCCUGUACAAAGACAAAUUAGGAAUCAUAUAGUUUACUCUCACUAUAGCUCACUAGCUGAAAUUCGCUGACACAGAAACCAGCAACUCCCGGCUCUCGGUCUGUACAGAAACAUAUAUAGCAGGAGAGAUCAUGUUUGUAAAGGGUUAGGGCAAACGGAUCCUACACCAGGUGGAUGUAAAGUUUGUAUCGGAACACGGAGAACCCGGAUCCAGAAAAAAAGCAGAUAUUAAAGCAAAUUCUGUGAAUCGUUUCAAAGCGUCAUCCACUCACAUUCAUUCCACUUUUAGGGCGUAUUCCUUUUUGAGUAAGAUAUUUAACGCGAUCGCAAAACCAAACAUCCUUGCACCUGCAUAUAUCAGUAAAUAUAAAAGCAUAUAUAUAUAAAGAGACACACGCAUACAUGCGAACAAGAAAACAAAAACAUACCGAAACUGACACAUUUUGCACAAUCCCGAACAUUCCGCACCAAUGGCGUCUGACGGUGGACAGGACCCUUGUUAUGUGCGUGUGUGUAUGUGUGAAAUGCAAGAGUUUAACGAAGAAAACAGAUCAAACCGCCAACAAUCUAAUACCAAAAUGGGUUAAAUUUUGUGUAGCAAAACAUAACAAAUAAACACACAACACAUGGGAAAAGAUCAAAUCGACAAAACAAAAUCAUUAACAAAUAGUAAUGGAUGGAGCAGAAAGUAAUUGCACACGCACAUACAAGUUACGCUGCAAGGAGCUAAGGGAGAGAACACGGUAAAAGAGGACAAAACAAAUGUUUACGAAGUACAUUUCUGAACUAUUGAAAAUUUAAAUUAAAUAAAAUAUAUAUUUUAAACUCA